GCGCUGCUUGCGCUCGUGGAUCCCCGUUUACAUUUGUGCAGAAACAUUUGCUCCUGCUGCCUGUGCUCUGUUCAGCAUAGUCUGUUUCAGUUUUUACCAAGCAGCAAGUGAUGUUGCUGUAUAUAUUCGCACUACCGUGAUCGAAACUUGCAUCGAUCGAGGGACCUCCCUCCAUCCUGCACAGAGAGGGUGAAAAGGCCGGAGCUGUUACGAGUCCGAGUCCUGCUUUUAUUGUUGAGGUUGAACGAUGUUUUGACAAAGUCACUAAUGUGAAGAAGCAAAUAAUACCCCAUACACUUCGGCCAUGGUGUAGAUGAGGAAAAAACAUAGCCUUUGAUAUUAUUACCUUUGUAUUCGCCUGUUUUGAACUGACCCCUUUCUACUCUUUUGUCUAGAGGCUAUGAUUUGGUAGUUGCAAUUGAAAGACAACGAAGCAUUUUUUAAAAAAAAUGAUUUUCCAAUCUAAUUGCAACCUCGAAUUGAACUGGGACAGUUUCGACAGGCGAAGUUUCGAAAUUGGAAAUGUAGAUCCAUUCGAGGAGCAGAACGGAGCCGAGGCACCGAAUGGCCUACUCCUGCAUUCUUAAUAAUUGUUUAAAAUGCUCAAAUCUUACACUGCAUUUCAUCGUAAACCAAAUGAUAGCAAAGGCUGAAGAAUGCAUGCAGCACAGCAUAGAAGAAGCUGAGGAGUCCCAGUUGUUUCCGUACCAACAUCCAACGAGCCAGCCACUGAGGAAAACGUCGAUAUUUGGUACCAAAAUAGAGCUGAAAAAUGGCUGCCAAAAUUCCUGGUAAAUACACUGAAGCCAAAAGUAUAAUGGCAACUACUGGAAGCAUUUUGUUCAUGACCAAAAUGGGAAUUUUGUAGGAUACAUUUUUGCUUUCAGUUAAAUAGGGGUGAAUGAUAUCUCUCAGUAAAGUAUAUAUAAAAACAACAAUGGACAAUCCCCCAGCUAGCUUUACAGGAAAUCGCCAAAGUGGGAAAAACUCCAGUUGGCUAUCAAAUUGUGAAGGAUAUUCAAAGUCAUCAAAAGGGGGAUGUUUCGGCCAUGUUGAGUUUCUUGUUGAUCUCCUGGAAUUCUGCAACAUAAAUUGGAUUUUGUCAGUGGACAAAAGAAGUAUGUGGCUUUCAAAUGAGCAUAAUUUUCCUUCAUUUCAAUUCCUAAAUAUAGAUCUUGAAUAACUGGGGUAGUUGUAUAAACACUUGUACAGCUUUAACGUAACUACCCCCUGCUAUAAGUAGAAGUACUCAUUCCAAAAUCACAGGCUUUCAUCCAACUGAUGCGACCUACAAUUGGGAGCCAGGACAGGCGUGGAGCUGCGGAACAAAACAAUCAAUUAGACUAUUGAAUUGCUGCUCACAUACAGAAUCACAGGAUUUUUACAGCGAGAAAUGAGGCCAUCUAGCUGAUCAUAUAUGGGCUGGCUCCCCAGAGGGGCAUUUCAGAUAGUGCCAUUCUCCUGUCCUCUCCAUUUAACUUUGCACAUUCCUCCCUUUUUGAAGAACUAUUCAAUUCCCUUUUGAAUACUGUUUGAGAGACACUUGAAGCACAUUUCAGCUGCUACGACAUUCCUAAACUUUGUGAUGAGUGACAAUGGCCCUCAGUUCACAAGUGAAGAAUUUACCUGUUUCAUAAAUAAUUGGGAAAUUCAAUACCUGAUACCACCUCCACACUAUCCCCAGUCAAAGGGGAAGGCUGAGUUGGCAGUGAAAAUUACCAAAAGAAUCAAGGAAAUCCAGCAAGUGGCCCUUCUCAAGUGGAGAAAAACAAUUACUGAAGGCAUUGAAAUAAGUCGAGUAAAAAGGACCAAUAGUAUGCAGUACCCAAACAAUUCUUCCAAAAGCAAUAAGUUAUUGAAACUAGAAGUAGGAACAGGUAUGAACAGCAAAAUCAAGUUGAUAUGGCAGAAAGUCAAAUUUAAUUUAGACAAGACUGCUAAACCAUUGCAAGAGUUGAGCAUUGGAGAAUCAGUGAGAAUUGAAAGCUUCAUCACUCUCAACAAAAGUUAGCCUAAGUGGCAACUUUGGACCUAUGUAAGCAGUUAUUGCCUUAACUGUACAUGAUAGAUCUGAAAAUCUAGGUAACCUAUUACAACUGCAGGCACAUGCUCAGAACUGGAAGAGCUGUUCCUCAACUGCCAGGCAGCCGAUCAGGAACACGUGAACUCAUCAUUGUUCAGACCACAGAUCAAAUAUCAGUCUUAGAGAUCCACAGCAACCCAACAGCAGAAAUGGAACACCAACAGGUAUCGUGCCAACACCAAGUGACGUAGGAAUGACACUCGCCGGGGAAGCACAUCACUUGAAUGAACAGCCAGCAAUAAUGUGUACAUGCACCAUUAAGAGACCUGCUCAAUUUAAAGAAUGUGGGUGGCAUUUUACCAAGCCCUGAGUGAUGAGGACAUUUGGCAUUCCUUGUAAUAGUGUGUAUCUGGAGUUAGUGACACAAAUUAAAGCGUGGAAGACUGCUGAUAACUGUGCUAACGGGGGAGAGAAGUGUUUGUACACCCUGAAGUCUGCAAAUGAACAUUAUAUAGUUGCUGAGCACACCACUCCAGUGCGCAAAUAUGUUGAUAACCUAACAUUCAAACUGGUUUCCUCUUUUGACAAGAGAUCCUGCUCUGUCUUUGGAUUCUCUGUUUCUGAGCUGUGGUAUGCAGUCUUUGACUUUGGUACGAACUAUUGCAAUUUGCACAACCUUAUUGAAGGUAGUGGCUUAGACAAAGUUUCUGGCUACAGUGAAUCAACAAGCGAUUCAAAGUGCACUCAAUAUUCAUCAGCUAAUUGUACAAUUUACUAAACACUGUGUGAUUCAGUAAUAACUAAGAAUAAUCAGGAAUCUCCAUAAUGCUAAGCCACUCAGGGAUACUAAUUUUAUGCACUUGUUUAAAAUAAUUGACUUUAGUGCUUAUUAUAAAUCUUUUCCCAGUAAUAAACAAAGAAAUUCUGAGGGAUUGCAUAAAUAAGCAAAUUGUUGACACCAUAUUUAACAAUGCCAGGGACCACAUAUGAUACAAUUUAAAUACUAGGUCCUUUUCCAGCUUAAAUUUGAGCUUCUUCUCAUUGAGUAGAAACAUAGGUAACCUGGACCGCAGUAACAAGCUACUCGGUCCAACUGGUCAAUCUAGAUGCGUGUACUCAAACAAGUGAAAGGAACAAUAGAGAAUUUUUUUAACAAGCCACUUGGGUAUUUAAAGUGGAAUGUGGUCUUUCAACCACAUCCUCACACUAAUUCUUGUUUGAAAUAUUCAAAAAAUGAUAUUUUUUCCCUAAUUUUGACAUCUAACGUCAGUUUACUUUUAUUCCUUUUUUUGGUCCAUAGCCUGCUUGACCAUCUGGUUUGAACACAUACCAUCACACCAACCUCUGCAGCCAGCACAUCAUUUUCCGACCCCACCACCAAAGAGAUAUUUCCCUCCCUACCCUUAUCCCACUUUCGUUGGGAUCACUCAAUCCACGACACCCUCAUCUGCUCAAUACUUUGCUCCACACCUGGCACCUUUCCCUGCAACCGUGGGAGGUGUGACACCUGCCCCUACAACUCCCCACUUCAUCUCCGUCCAAGGCCCCAGACAAACUUUCCAAAUCCAACAGGGAUUCACCUGUAUUCCCACCAAGCUGGUCUGCUGUAUCCUUUGCUCCCGAUGUACAGGAGACCACAUCGGAGAGACCAAGUGCAAACUCGGGGACUGAUUUUUGCUGAGCAUCUGCACUCUGUACGCUAUAGUCAACGACACCUGCUGGUCGGCAACUAUUUUAACUCCCCCUCUCUCUCCCUGGGUGACAUGUCCAUCCUGGGCCACUGCCAGUGUCAUAACGACGCCACCCGCAAAUUGGAGGAACAACACCUCAUAUUCUGCCUCAGGAGCCCACAGCCCGAUGGCCUAAACGUAGGAUUCACCAGUAACAUCUCCCCACACCCUGCCCAAUCCCAUGUCCAACCCUCCCAUUCAUCCCCACCUCCUUGACCUGACACAGCCUCUCCAUUUUCUCCCCCAUCUAUCCGCCCCACCCUUCCCACUGACCAAUCCCUACUACCCCCUACCUGCACUCUCCUAUCACCGUCCUACCUACCUGGUCCCAGUCCCACCCUCUAUUUAUUUCUGACCUCCCUUCCACAUCCCCAGCCUUGAUGAAAGGUGUAAACCCAAAACAUUGACUUUCCUACUCGUCUCAUGCUCCUUGGCCUGCUGUGUUCCUCCAGCUCCACCCUGUUAUCUCAGACUCUAGCAUCUGUAGUUCUUGCUGCCUUUUCUGUUUGAACAAAUGCUAGAACGUAUUGCCACAAUUCAAAUGGUUCAGUAACCUUUUUAUGAAACCUGUUAGGUUGACAGUAUUAUAUUUUAAUUUGCUAAUUUCACAUAAUUGGACCUUUUUGAUGUUUAAAUUACAUGUUUUCUUUAGAACUAAUUUUUUGAAGUGUUUUUUUUUGGGAAGUGCAACUCGUUAACCUGGGUUUUAUUAUCUCUGUAGGCAGUGAGCAUAACUCUUGCCAGUGAAGCACAUCAAGUGUUUUUCACAUGCUUGACAUUUAUAAUCUUUAGUACAAUUUUCGAGACUACCUGUGGAAAUAAAAGAUCCCGAGACUGUUUGUAACAUUGUAUAUGCAGUCAUAAGCAUGGUUAGGUAGUAAAUGGAAAUUGUAAGUCUGCUACAUAACACAGUCUUAAGUGUAAACUAACUAAAAUAUUGUGAUGCUUUUAUCCAGUAAAAUAUCUGGAGGACUAAUGAUUGAUUCUAACUUUUUGUCCAAAGGUUUAAUGGAGACAGCAGUACAUGGUAAUGGCGCUGUAAUGUUAAUCCAGUGGCCUGGUAAUGCUUUGGUAAAAUGGGUUCAAAUUGUAUUCAGAUUUAAAUUUGAUUAAUCAAUAAAUAUUAAAGAA